UACUGACCUGUGUCUUCUACCUGUUACCAUCAAGUCACGUAAACUUGCAAAUACUACCAUUGUAUUAGUAACAAUCUUGGAAUGACUAGAAUAAUUUAAAUUACCUCUUAAAAAUCUCAUAAUUGUAUUGAAAAACUUUCGAUGACGGUGUGUGUAAAUUUUAGUGAUCUUCGAUAUUUAAUUAGAAAUAUUCGUGUCAAAAUUUCAAAAAAAUAUGUAGAAUAGGAAAUAUGUCAACGUAUUAAUCUCACUUAAUGAGUUUCUGAUUGCCUUGUGCUUGUUGUGAUGAUUAUAAAUGUGAUUUAAUGUAUAUCCGAGUGGAGUGUAUAGAAAUCGUUACUAAAAACUUAAAUUUCGACAAAAUAACAUUUUAAGGUUAAAUAGUGUACUACUAAUUCCAUAUAUUUAUUAAUUAAAAUUCUGACGAUGAUUUAAAAUGAGUUACUUCAAGAAAGGAAUGAUUUUCAUAACUUUUUUUGUGGCUUGUAUAUCCAUGGCUCUAUUAGUAGCUGGUUUAGGGACGAAACAUUGGGUCAACGCAAGAGCCAAGAGGAUAAGAAAUCCUUUAGAAAGUGAUGGUAAAAUACAUUUUGGAUUAUUUGAUGGGAAAAAGGAACUGAACGUAGCCUACGGCUGGAGGACAUACGAAAUCGACGUUAUAAACCUCUUAAAAUAUGAACCAGAAUUUUUGUCUUACGGUUUUUGGAUUGGGACGACGACGGCGGUUUGCUCUGGUUUAUUGUUUUCUGGACUGAGCGCUCUUUUUGCUGCUAUCAACACCGUUACUACAACCUCUCGAUGUCUAACUAAAGUAACCGGACUCUAUUUUUGGAACUUUCUUGCGGUUGUCAGCGAUGUCUUAGCUGUAUGCUUAUGGAUCGCUCAGUUUUUUUUACACAUCCAGUAUAGCGUUUUGUCUCGAGAAGACAGAGAUAACGAGUGGACUUCAGAAAAUAUGGCAGAACUUGGAUAUUCCUUCUGGUUCGUCGUUGGUGCUGCCGUAUCUUCAUUUAUCAACAUUAUAAUUCUUGUAAUAGCGAAUACAGAAAGAGAAGUUGAUACAAUUAUUCCAGUUUUAGAAGAAAAAACUAACGGAGCCAUUAUGUUAUAUUAAUAUUAAAUAUUGCUUUGUAAAUAAAUCGCUCUAUAACUUUUUUAAUGUUUUGUAUAAACUAUUUAUUAUAAUUAAAUUUGAAAUAAAUUAUAUAUUUAACC